UUUUCAAAUUUGAAUUUCUAAUGAGGCCAUGACAAUUUAAUUUGAUAAAUUUUCCAAUUUUUUUUUCAAAAUUUUUCCUAUUACAACUGUUGCAAAGAACAUUUCAAAAUGGCGAAGGAAGUAACGAUGUGUUCGCAAAUGCAACAAUGGAGCCCUGUGAAGCCGACGGCUGGCGCUCCAAGCGUGCCACCAACAGUCGGCUAUUGCUUCCACACCCCAAAGAAGCAUCCCUGGCGGCCCAUCAUGGGAUAUGAGGAGAUCGAAGUCACACCUAUGCCAUCACAACCCAUAACGAACACAAUGGUGGAUCCCUGUUAUACCCCUGAAGGCAUGUCAGCCGAGCCUUUGCGGUUCCCGAACCUCGUGACUGGUUUCGAUCGAAGUCCCGAACACGCUGCCAGAGCAGCCCUCUACACCAGAUACACCCAGUACGAGUGGAACCAGAAUAGCAUCAAAAAUUACAACGAGUCUGACGCGAAAAGAAACUUCUCAGAACGAGUCAGGAAUGAUAUCAUGAGAACAAUGAGAGAAACUGAUGAAAUUGGAGCUCAGGGUCAGCGUGACUCGGGAAGGAAGAUCGGUGAACGAAUCACUGAUACCACCUUCUGGCGGAAUGAGGUGGCUAUCGAAAUGGAACGUUUGGUGGCUACGUGCGAGAAGCUGAACGACACUCGGCGGCAACUGGAGCGAGCCAUCGCAGGCAUCGAAGGGCCUUUGCAUAUUGUACAGGAAUGCUUGUACCACAGGGAGAAAAGACAAGGUUUGGAGCAAGUGCACGACGCCGUGGAGCAGUCGUUGCUGAAGGAGGUGGCUACUCUGCGAGACGCUCAGGAGAGAUUCAAGGUGAUGCUGGAAAAGGUGCGCGCGCAGUCGAAGAAUUGCCGCGCCACGCAGCACGAGCUGGAGACGGACAUGCGCAACAAGGAGUACGCGCUGGGCAUCGACUCCAUGUGCCACCAGCUCAACAACUUCUCCAAGGGGCUGCAGUUCUACGCGGGCAUCGAGCGGUACGACCCCACGGUGUGCGACACGGAGCGCUGGGCCGCGGCCAGCGCCGCCACGCUGCAGCGCUCGCAGUCCGAGCGCGCCAAGGCCGUGCAGAUGCUGUCGGACACGGACAACCUCAUCAACACGGCGGCCACGGAGAUCUGGGACCAAUGGAGCAACACGAACGGCGCCUUCACGCGCCGCGUCGCCGAGACCAUCGAGAUCAAGAACAAGCUGCAGCUGCAUCUGUACAAGGUCCAGCAGGAAAUAUUCGACGUCGAGAAGACGCUGGAGCUGUUGAACAAGGCGAUCGAGGACAAGUUGCAGCCCAUAAAGGUGGCUCACACCAGGCUGCAGGCCAGGACCAACCGGCCGCAUCUCGAGAAGUGCCGCGACCAAGCACAGGACAGGAUGGUAAAAGAAUGCUGCGACCUCCAAGCGGCAAUGGAGCUUCUGCGGUCCAAGAUCGCGACGGCGGAGGGGACGCACCAGACCCUUCUGGGUGUGAGAGCUGGUCUCGAAGCGGACCUCCGGGCCAAGACCACUACGCUCUUCAUCGACCGGGACCAGUGCAUGGGUAUUCGCCGAGGUUACCCCGUCACUGCUGCUAUAAAGUCUUCGUAACUGUAUUUGUAACACUCAAGAGACGAUUGACUUUGCGUUACGGCUACCAGAGCUCAACAUUCUGUUACACAUGUCCAUUUAAAGAUUAUCAUUCUUAUAUUGUCAACAUCAAACCAACAAGAACUAUUUCAAACAUAUC